AGAAACCCAGCGUAUGAGUUGAUCAGUCUGUCGGUACUGAGCAGUUGGGGAAGAAGGUUUGGCGAAAUAGGUAGUAGUAGGUAUUCAGCUAGGCGAUCAAACCAACGAGCAGGUAGAAGGGUGAACAGAAGGGCAGGAAGAAGGGCAGACAAAAGAACAGGAAGAAGGCCAGAUAAAGGAGCAAAACUAGCAAGAGAAAGAAAGUCGUAAAUAAUAACGAGUCAUCGAAACUGUAAGUCAUUCAAAACGGAGUCUUGCUUACGAUAUAAGAAGAGGUAGUAUUUGACGGACAGACGGGAAAAAGAACAAAAAAGAAGGCGCUGAGAGGACGCUUUAAGAAAAAGAGAAAAAGUGAAAGAGUGUAGCUGCAUUCUUUCGAAAAAAGAAUACUUUGAAUAUCGUUUGGUGUAAUCACAAAUUUUAUUGCAAAUAAAGAAGAAUGUUCCACGUGAGAAAAUUGACGAGAUCACCGAUUGGUUUGAAACAAGUACCCAGUAAUGAUGUGCUCAAAGGCACGCUCGUUCGAGCUACGGCAGCCUUGCAAAUGCGAGGUUACGCCGAACAUCAAAUCCCUGAACGUCUAAAAGAUGUGCCGAAUGCAGCGAAUCCAAAAUUUUUUGAUAUGGUCGAAUAUUUUUUCCAUCGUGCUUGUCGGAUUGCCGAGGAUAAGCUCGUCGAAGACAUUGCUAAGCGUUCAAGGAUAACAGUUGAGGAACGUAAGAAAAAAGUCAAGGGAAUAUUAAUGCUGAUGGAACCAUGCGAUCACAUUCUUGAGACAUCUUUUCCUCUUAGACGCGAUUCCGGUGAUUACGAAAUGAUUACAGGUUAUCGAGCUCAACACUCGACACAUCGAAUACCUUGCAAAGGAGGUAUCCGUUUUUCCAUGGAUGUUUCUCGAGAUGAGGUAAAGGCUCUAUCUGCGUUGAUGACAUUCAAAUGUGCUUGCGUGGAUGUACCUUUCGGGGGUGCUAAAGCCGGGAUAAAAAUCAAUCCUAAAAAUUAUUCCGAGCAUGAACUUGAGAAAAUCACAAGGAGAUUCACAUUGGAACUUGCAAAGAAAGGAUUCAUUGGACCUGGCGUGGACGUACCUGCUCCUGAUAUGGGAACUGGAGAACGUGAAAUGUCUUGGAUCGCUGAUACCUAUGCGAAAACGAUCGGUCAUUUGGAUAUCAAUGCUCAUGCUUGUGUAACUGGUAAGCCCAUUAAUCAGGGUGGAAUUCAUGGACGAAUAUCUGCGACUGGUCGCGGAAUAUUUCAUGGAUUGGAAAACUUCAUUAACGAAGCUAACUUUAUGAGUAUGGUUGGUACUACGCCUGGAUGGGGUGGAAAAACUUUUAUCAUUCAAGGUUUUGGUAAUGUCGGUUUGCACACAAUGCGUUAUUUACAUCGUGCUGGUGCUGUUUGCAUAGGAGUCCUCGAACACGAUGGAGCAAUCGUCAAUGACCAAGGCAUCGAUCCAAAGCAACUAGAAGAUUAUCGUAUAGAGUCCGGAACGAUCGUCGGUUUUCCCGGGGCCAAACCGUACGAGGGAGAGAAUCUUAUGUACGAGCCUUGCGAUAUAUUUAUUCCUGCUGCAGUAGAAAAAGUCAUUACCAAAGAUAAUGCGUCCCGUAUUCAAGCCAAGAUAAUAGCAGAAGCUGCCAAUGGUCCAACGACGCCAGCUGCCGAUCAAAUACUUAUCGAGCGAAAUAUUCUUGUUAUACCAGAUCUUUAUAUCAACGCUGGUGGUGUUACAGUUUCUUUCUUCGAAUGGUUAAAGAAUUUGAAUCAUGUGUCGUAUGGUCGACUCACUUUCAAAUAUGAACGGGAAUCUAAUUAUCAUUUACUUGAAUCUGUACAAGAGUCAUUGGAACGUAGGUUUGGUUGUGUUGGUGGUCGUAUUCCUAUUACUCCUUCGGAAGCUUUCCAAAAACGUAUUUCUGGUGCAUCCGAGAAAGAUAUUGUACAUUCAGGAUUAGAUUAUACGAUGGAACGAUCUGCCAGGGCCAUUAUGAAGACCGCUAUGAAGUUCAAUCUUGGUCUUGAUCUGAGGACGGCAGCCUACGUAAAUUCAAUCGAAAAGAUAUUUACAACGUACUCUGAGGCUGGUCUCGCUUUUUAAGUACUAGUCAGAAAAAAUUUAUUAAAUGUAAUAGGGCGAACACGAUAACGGAGUGCUAACAAAAUGUCAUAAGCCAGUAUUUCAAAGACUAUUCACAGUUUUACCACUGGUAAUGUUGACCAUAAGACAAAACGUUCCAUGUACAUUGUUUUAUGCAUCAUUCUUCGAAUGCGCCGCAAUAAUUUGCCUAGUGCAUAUAUAUAUGUAUGUAUAAUUAUAUAUAUAUGUAUAUGUAUAUGUAUAUGUAUGUAUAUAUAUAUAUAUAUAUAUAUAUAAUUAUACUUAAGAGGACUACGUGAUAAUUAUAGAUACAAUUGCGCGAAAUCGCGACCAAUACGAAAUAAUGUUCAGUCAUUUAUCUAACCAGGGGAAUGUAAGACCAGUGCAUUUUUAUAUUUCAAUUUUUAUUUAUCGGUUCUAACAUUUAGGACACCGAUAAAUUUAUAUCAAAGUGAUAUACGAUUGAAUAUUUUCGCGCUUUAAACUUUGCCGUAUAUUAAACUACUGCCGUAUAGUAUAUCCAUUGAGGAUAAAAAUGAAAGUUUAAAACUGGUAUUUAUAACAAAAAAAGAGGUUUUUAAUAAAUCAAGAAAUACAAUACAUUAUACACUAAUAUUGUCAUACAUUUUAGGCUGAUGUUAAUAAACACACGAUCAUAAGUGAAUAUGAAUUAGAUAA